AACAAAAGAGAUUUUUGGUGCUUUACUUUUUUCUAACAUCACAUUAUGACUGUUUUAUGCAUUAUAGUUAUCCACCGCUUUAUUUUGUAGUCCAAAAGCAGUCCAGCCUUUUGUCUCCACAGGAACCUCUGUAAAUGAAAGGUUUUUCAAAAUAAAAGUGCCUAGUUUGACUUAAAAUGAAAUACAGUGGACUUCCACCCCCUCUGCUCCCCGGUGCCCCCUCCAUCUGCUGCUUUUUUCCUGACCCCCCCCCCCCAGCCUCUAUAAUAUAUGACGGCAGACUGUUUGUGCUCACCGGUUUGCACACAUUGACCUUUUUGCCUUCCAAUUGAAACGCACAGAUGUUCUUUUGCCUCCACCAGCUCACUGACCGUGGUAUUAUAUGCCAACACACACACACACACACACACACACACACACACACAGAUAGCCGACACUUUAAAAACAAACAUAUGAAUGAAAAUUCUUAGUUCUGGUCAAAAUAUACAGUAAAGUUCAAUGUAUUUGAAAUUAUUGUAUUUUUUUAACUUCUGUUGAACCAAAACUGACUAAUGGUGACACUUUUGCUGGCUUUCACUUAACUUUAUUGACUAUAAUUGAUCUAAAUGAUGUCAAAUCUGUGAUAAAACAUCCCAUAAACAUGCCCAUUUACAAACCAUGAGCAGCUGCUGGUUUUCUUUUGAGAAAAUAAAUGACUAACAGCUUCAGUAAAUGGCAGUUUUUGUAAAGUGGGGUUAAUGAUGAGGAUGAGGGUGGGGUGUGUUUACUUUAUGCCGUCAUUUUUAGACUGUGGAGUGAUUGUUCGGACUGGUGUGACGCUGGUCAGAUGGUAUUCUGGACCAAACAGAAACCCACAAAAGUCAAUAUCAGAUAGGACUCUUCAAACAGUCCUGGGGAGACGGCGACCUCCAGAGUCGGCGUGCUCCGACCCCUCCCUUUAUCAGAUGACGUGUUGCACUGAUAACUGGUUUCUGCGGAGACCAGGUUCUGCCGGCGUUUGAGCGUCUCCGUGUCCCGUCCAGAUGAUAAGGCCGCAGAGGCGAGACGUGCCGCCCCCCGAGAGGCUGGGGGGAGACGUCCCUCUGGUCCACGCUCUUCAGCCGUCCGCCGUCCCGAUGGGGCCCAACAUAUCCUGGCUCUCCGAGGCCCCCCUGCUGGGCCCGGACCAGCCCAUCUUCCUGAUGACCCCCGCCGCGCAGGCCGUGUCCGGCUUCUUCGUCUGGACGGCUCUCCUCCUCACCUGCCACCAGAUCUACAUGCACCUGCGGUUCUACAGCUCGCCCAGGGAGCAGCGCCACAUCGUCCGGAUCCUCUUCAUCGUUCCGAUCUACGCCUUCGAUUCCUGGCUCAGCCUCCUCUUCUUCACUAAUGACCAGUACUACGUGUACUUUGACACCAUCAGGGACUGCUAUGAAGCGUUCGUCAUUUACAACUUCCUGAGUCUGUGCUACGAGUACCUGGGAGGAGAGAGCGCCAUCAUGGCCGAGAUCCGGGGGAAGCCCAUCGAGUCCAGCUGCGUGUUCGGGACCUGCUGCCUGGGGGGACGGGCCUACUCCAUCGGCUUCCUGAGGUUCUGCAAGCAGGCCACGCUGCAGUUCUGCGUGGUCAAACCGCUCAUGGCCGCCAUCACCGUCGUCCUGCAGGCGUACGGAAAAUACAAAGACGGGGAUUUCAACGUUGCCAGCGGUUACCUGUACGUCACCAUCAUCUACAACGUCUCCGUCAGCCUGUCUCUCUACGCCCUCUUCCUCUUCUACUUCGCCACCCGGGCGCUGCUCAGCCCCUACCGACCCGUGCUGAAGUUCUUCAUGGUCAAGUCGGUCAUCUUCCUGUCCUUCUGGCAGGGCAUGCUGCUGGCCAUCCUGGAGAAGUGCGGCGCCAUCCCUCAGAUCAACUCGCCGGACGUGUCUGUCGGCGAGGGGACGGUCGCCGCCGGUUACCAGAACUUCAUCACCUGCAUCGAGAUGUUUUUCGCGGCGCUGGCUCUGCGGCACGCCUUCACCUACACCGUCUACGUGGACAAAAGUCUGGAUUCCAGAGGCCGCUGCGCCCCGAUGAAGAGCAUCUCCAGCAGCUUAAAGGAGACCAUGAACCCCGGCGACAUGGUCCAGGACGCCAUCCACAACUUCUCCCCGGCCUACCAGCAGUACACGCAGCAGCGCACGCUGGAGCAGGGGGCGCCGCCGCCGCCGCCCGUCCUGCGCAGCCACGGCGCGGCCGGCGCCCGCAGCGACACGGAGAAGACUCUCCUGCUCAGCUCAGACGACGAGUUCUAGAGCGACUCGACGGACCGUUUCCGCUCCCAGCUGUUGGGUGAUGACACACGUGAUCAGAACUUCAGACUCAACCGCGUGCGCUCAAAGUCACGCCACGCCGCCCUGGAACGUGGAAAGUGUGUGAGUCAGGCGUGUGAGUCACGCGUGACAUUUUGGUCGGAUGGACGCUCCGUUUUUUUUCUAUCUCAGCUGAGCCAUUGUUUGUUCUGGGACCGGGUCUCCCGGUGACGGAGCUGAGGGGGCGUCCCCCAAAGACAGACUCCGCCUUAUUUCACCAACCCUUUACCUCAACGUUGACAUGCUUGGAUACGGCAGAAGCAAACCGCAGAGAGCAAAUGUGUUAUUGAUAGUGGAGAGAAGCAGCUUAUAGAUUAUUCCUCUGCAAGCGCCGCUGGCGUUGGGAGUGGCGGCGGCGCGGACGGGAUUAGGCCGCUGUAAUUGGGGCGUCACUGAAUGGUGGGGAUUAAAGCUGGCGUGCUGCGUUCAGGCCUCAAUGUAGGUUAAACGCUUUCAGACGGAGCUUAAUAAGGAGGAAAUAUUCUCUCUGUGUGAUUUUCUAAAACCCGGCUGCUCAGAAAACCAAACAUUUUAGGUUUUCCUCUGCAUUUAUCUGCCGUCACUUUGCCGAGGAUCCUGGAUCCCAGAAGAAAAGUUUGUCCUUUUAUUUUGAAAGACAUUUUUUUUCUUUGAUUGAUUGUCGUCCUGCUCGUAAUCCCAGUCCUGGAGUCUUCUAACCGAGUCGCCUGAAACGCCCCACUCCUCAAAGCCUGCCGUUGCCCCGACCCAACACUAGGGGGCAAAUGCACCUCAUGGGCGCCCUCCUUUGUGUUUUGAUCAGGAAAGUUGGGGGGGGGGGCUGCUGGUCUCAGAGGACGGGGAUGGCUUUUGUCCUGAGGCUGCGGCUUAUUUUUAGACGGCUGUUAUUUUUAGAAAGGCUCCAUCAGAGCGGCGGUUUGAGCGCCACGCUCCACCGUUUCCUCGCCACUGCUGGAAUUUCUGCCUGAGCUGCUCCGUGUCUAAACAAACACAUAUUUUAGUCUGUAUUUAAUAUUUGUAAGUGCUUGUUGUCUGAUUUCUGUUUAGAAAUAUGUUAGUUUUAUUUUUACAGACCCACAGCAUGAAAAUGCUGUUUUAAAAUAAUUGCAUUUCUGAGUAUUUCUUUAUUUUUUUUUUGUGAGUCAGGAGCAGACAAAACAAAAGCCGCUUGGAACAAAUAAUAUUUGGGACGUAGAAAAUAGGCUGGGCGGGGCUAGUCUCUCUGCUCCGCCCCUUUCUGAUGCAUUGAUGCAACGUUCAUCCAUAAACGUCUUUGUUUGGAAUCUGGAUCUAAACUGAACGGCUGGAUGGCGCCGAUAUUGCUCGCCGUUUCUGUUGCUCGGGGUUUUGAGGGAAGCUAGCUCAGGUUUGGGCUAAAAAGAGCAUAAUCGUAAUAAAAAGACGCUUUUAGAAUCCAUCCACAGAUGAUCGGAACAGAGUUUUUUUUUAAACAAAAGAUGCUUAGUGUUGAAAAUACCUUAUAAACUUUAUCUGAGCUUCUUUCAGGCCUGAACUCUCAUAAUGUGAUCAAUAUCUGUAAAAAUAAAAGAUGUUUUUAUCUUAUAAAUUCA